AUGGCUAACGAGGACGGGCGCGGGUCAUCUUCGUCGCUUGCUCCCUCGUCUGUCCGUCCUUCUGGAACCACGCGACACGAUCCUCUUUCCGUUUCUAAAGGCAACUACGAGUUGCAGGUUCUGCCUGGGAAAGCAAAGAAAGCCAGGAACAUAGCCACAUCCGAAACGACUCCUGAUGACGAUCUUGAUCUCCCAGCUGGCCGCCCCGAGAAUCCUACACGAUCCGUCAAGAAGGCAAUGUCAAGAGUACCUCUUCUGGUGAGAUCGAGCCCGGCGCAGGGAACAGGGUCGUAUGGCGGCCUACCUAUUCUUUCUUCCAGUCCAGAGGAAUCUGAUGAGAAUAACGUGACCAACAUCUCGAGAAAGAAAAAAGGAAAGAGCAGGCUUUCGCAUAGUGAACCUACGUUACUCUCGGAUCACAAUCACGAUGAUUCGAUACGGAGUGAACCAAUCCUUUCACGCGCUACCAAGUCACGUCGUAGGACGGGUGACGCUGAUCGUAGCAGCACGACGCUCGGUGUAGCCUCUAGUGGCCAGGAGGAAUGUCGUUUCGAAGCUAGGUUCAACGCCAGCGGUCUUGACCCUUCUACAGCUGGUGCGCCACUGUUUGACAACUCAACCUCUUCGAGCAGUACGCUAGACGACAAUGAAUCUUCCGACGACGACCUACACGAUAUGAAGGGUAACCCGUCCGAUAAUUCGCCCUACGCUCAAGUCAGGGCAUCCGUUGCUGCUACCGACAACAUCUCCCUGUCCAUUGAUACCCCGCGCAUGUGGUUCCUGUCGAUUCUGUUCUCCAUUGCUGGUUCUUCAACCAACUUGUUCUUUUCCCUACGAUACCCUAGCGUUAGUCUUACUCCUAUUAUUGCACUACUACUCGUUCAUCCUCUCGGUCUGCUCUGGGACCAACUCUUGAAACGACACGACGACCCUGAAGAAACGUUCAUGGAUGGUUGCGUGCAAACAACCUCACACCAUUCCGAACCAUCACAAGCCAAAGCCACCUGGACACGACGGCUACGGCUUUGGCUGGCUCAAGGCCGCUGGAACGAAAAGGAACACUGCUGCGUAUACGUCAGCAGUAAUGUAUCCUUCGGCUUUGCCUUCGCGACUGAUGUCAUCGUCGAACAGGUCAAGUUUUACAAGCAAGACCUCGGCAUUAUGUAUCAAGUACUGCUUAUCCUCUCCACUCAGAUACUGGGCUACUCCCUUGCUGGCAUUACCAGACGUUAUCUGGUCCGACCCAGCGGUAUGAUAUGGCCAAGCACACUGGUAUCCACUGCUAUGUUUACCGCAUUGCAUAAAGACGAAAACAAGCCCGCUGAUGGCUGGACCAUCGCUCCGCGCAAGUUCUUCAAACGCAUAUUCCUAGGAUCCGUCGCAUUCUACUUCCUACCAGGUUUAUUAUUCCCAGCAUUGAGUUAUUUCAAUAUCAUCACCUGGUUUGCGCCAAAGAGUGUUGUCGUUGCUAACCUUUUUGGAAUUUCAUCCGGUCUUGGAUUGUUCCCAGUGACUUUUGACUGGGCACAGAUUGCCUAUAUUGGUUCUCCAUUAAUCACGCCAUUCUGGGCUGCCAUGAAUAUUCUUGGAGGGCUUGUCGGAGUUAUGUGGAUCGCAGCGCCGAUCAUGUACUACAAGAACGUCCUUUACUCUUCGUACAUGCCCAUCCUCUCAUCUGCGGUAUGGGACAAUCGCGGGAAGCCGUACGACGUCAGCAAAAUUCUGACCGAGAACUUCCUCUUCGACGAAGAAGCGUACAAACAAUACAGCCGCGUCUAUCUUCCGAUCACCUAUGUAUUGAGCUAUGCCCUACAAUUCGCCGGCCUUACUGCUUUACUUUCGCACACUGGGCUGUGGUACGGAAAGGAUAUUUGGAGGCAAUGGCGUCGCUCUUGGGCUGAAAUCCGUAAGGAGUCGGCAGCGGACUAUCAGCCAUUAGUGAACGGCGCUGACGGGAACAACCGCCCAACCUCCCCAGCAAUGUUUCGUCACAGGCCCAGUACAACAUCAGAGCCGGACGUAGAAGACCUACUAUCUGCUGAAGAUGUGCACAACCGCCUCAUGCGCAAAUACGAGGAUGUACCAAUAACUUGGUACCUUCUAACAGGUAUCAGUAUGGCCGCCGUCGGCAUGUUUGUCGUCGAGUACUACCCUGUUCACCUACCCUGGUACGGUCUGUUGCUAGCACUUGGCAUCGGCGCAGUUCUCUUCGUCCCCAUCGGCAUCGUCAUGGCCAUCACGAACCAACAAAGCAGCAUCUACCUCAUCUGCCAACUGAUAUGCGGUGUCAUCUUCCCCGGUCGGCCCGUUGCAAACAUGGUCUUUACAACCUUUGGCUACAUCUCAUCUACGCAGGGUCUGAAGUUUGCUUCGGAUCUAAAGCUUGGCCAUUACAUGAAGAUUCCUCCCAAAAUCCUCUUCAAGCUCCAACUUUCCGUCACCAUCGUCUCUAGUCUUACGCAGAUCGGUGUGCUCAACUGGAUGCUCAACUACAUCCCCGGUAUCUGCACACCCCAGGCCAUCAAUGGCUUUAACUGCCCCAUCGCCCGCGUCCACUUCAACGGAAGUAUUCUCUGGGGCGUCGUCGGACCAGGGAAAUUCUUUGGCCCCGGCGCACUCUACCAACACUUGAUCUGGGCCUUCCCCGUCGGUGCCAUAGCACCCGUCAUAGUCUGGUGGCUUGCCCGCGGAGACCGCAAGUCCAUCCUUAGCAAGGUCAACCUCGCUGUUGUAUUUGGUAGCUUGAGUUGGAUUCCGCCAGCUACCGGCCUGAACUUCUCCGUGUGGGCAAUUGUGUGCUACAUUUUCAACUACGAGAUCCGGAACCGGAGAAAUGCUUGGUGGAAGAAAUACAACAUGAUGCUUAGCGCGGCCUUGGACUCUGGUCUUGCAUUUGGUGUGGUUGUCAUCUUCUUUGGUAUCGUGUACCCGGGAUGGAUGAGUAACUUCAAGUGGUGGGGAACGGAAGUUUACAAGCAGGGCUGUGACUGGCAAGCCUGUCCAUACAAGGAGGUUCCACAAGGCGAGACCUUUGGACCAGGGAGCUGGUGA